GGUUAAACAUAACUUUUUUUCGUAGUUAAAUCAAGGGUUUAUUUAAUACUCGGGGCUUAGUUGUGUACCAAACGAAACGAGAAACGACACGACAUCCGGGGCUUUGUUUGGUCUCCAUUAGACAAUGGUGUAUGUUUAAUUGGCAAAUUUAAAUCGGAUGCGGUAAAAAACCGAACGCCAAUUUGCGAACGUUCCGGGUAUUACGUUUGCCCUUGGUUAAAGUGUGGAUCUAAAAUGAUCGUACUGACUUUCACGCGGCAUCAAAGCUGUAGUAGUCAUUGGAAUUGUAUAUGACGAUGAAGAGACUAUUUUUAUUUUGAAGAAUUUUAAAGAUCAACAACUAUUUGAACAUACACGUAUGAUAUUUCGAAGUAGAAUGGCCCAGUCGUAUCUAACUGGAAAUUCCAAAAUCACGAGCGGAUUAUAAACGAAGAUCUGAUCAAAAUAAUACCUGACUAUCAUUAACAAUGGGUUUGUUUUACUCUAAAGACGAUGCUGUAGAAGCAAUAAGGGCACGUGAUAAACAGAGGUUGGAGUAUAUACUACAAAGAUCAAUAUUGUUUUCCCGUUCAACAUUGUUGCUGUUGGCCUAUGAGAACUUUAAUGUGCAAUCUAGAAUAGAUAGUGAUAUAUUACAACUGAUGAUUAAAUAUGGUGCAGAUAUAAAUGCUAAAAACAAAAACGGACAGACUGCAUUAUUACUUGCCCUUUCUUGGACAGAAACUACCAACUGUGUAAAAAUGUUGAUUGCUAGUGGAGCUGACGUAACUGUUGCAGACAAAGAUGGAAAGACUGCGUUGAUGUAUGCAAUAGGUAGAUGUUCAGAUUAUUGGACAACCGCCGAGUGUUUAAAAAUGUUGGUUGCCAAUGGGGCUGAUAUAAAUGCUGCAGACAAAUAUGGGAAGACUGCAUUGAUAUUAGCAAUUAAGCGAUAUUCAAGUGAAUGUGUGGAAAUGUUGAUUGCCAAUGGCGCAGACGUAAAUACUGCAGACAAGAAGGGGAAGACUGGAUCGAUAUGUGUAAUUGAGGAUGAUUCAAGUGAGUGUCUUGAAAUGUUGAUUGCCAGUGGGGCAGAUGUAAAUGCUGCAGACAAAAAUGGAAAGACUGCAUUAACCUAUGCAAUUGACAGAAAAUCCACCAAGUGUGUGGAAAUGUUGAUUGCCGGUGGAGCAGAUGUGAAUACUGUAGGCAAAAAUGAGUUUACAACAUUAAUGUUCGCAAUUGGGCAUUGUUCAAAUGAGUUUGUGGAGAUGUUGAUUGCACUUGGGGCAGAUGUUAAUACCGCAGACAAAUAUGGGAACACUGCAUUGAUGUUUGCAAGUUGGCGACAUUUGGAUGAAUGUGUGAAAACGUUGAUUGCUGGUGGAGCAGAUGUAAAUACUGCAGACGAAUACGGGAACACUGCAUUGAUGUUUGCAAGUUGGCGACAUUCGGAUGAAUGUGUGAAAACGUUGAUUGCUGGUGGAGCAGAUGUAAAUACUGUAGACAAAUAUGGGCAGACUGCACUCAUGUUCGCAAUUGAGGAUGAUUCGAGUAAGUGUGUGGAGAUGUUGAUUUCUGGUGGGGCAGAUGUAAAUCCUGCAGACCAAUGUGGGAAGACUGCAUUGAUGUUUGCAAUUAUGAGGAAUUCCGCUAAGUGUGUUGAAGCGUUGGUUGCCAGUGGGGCAGAUAUGAAUACUAUAGACAAAAAUGGGAAGACUGCAUUAAUGUUUGCAAUUAUGAGGAAAUCGGCUACGUUUGUGGAAUUUUUGACUGUUAGUGAAGCAGAUGUUAAAACUGCUGACAAAAAUGGACAGACUGAUUUAUCGUAUGCAAUUGAUAGAUUUAGAACAGAACGUAGGAAAUCCGCCCAGUGUGUGGAAUUGUUGAUUGCUAGUGGGGCAGAUGUUAAUACUAAAAAUGAAUAUGGGGAGAGUGUACUAAUGUUUGCUGUUCAAAAGAAAUUCACUAAGUGUGUUGAAAUGUUGAUUGACAGUGGGGCAGAUGUAAAUACCGCGGACAACGAGGGAAGGACUGCGUUAAUAUAUGCAAUUGAUAGAGAUUCAAAUGAGGGUGUGGAAAUGUUGAUUGCCAGUGGCGCAGACGUAAAUAGCGUAGACAAAUGUGGAUGGACUGCAUUGAAAUAUGCCGUUAACGUCGAAUUCAGCGAGUGUGUGGAAAUGUUGAUUGCUAGUGGGGCAGAUGUAAAUACCGUAGACAAAUAUGGGAAUACUGCAUUAACAUACGCAAUUCAGAGGAAAUCCACCAAGUGUGUUGAAAUGUUGAUUGACAGCGGGGCAGAUCUAAAUAGCGUAGACAAAUGUGGAUGGACUGCAUUGAAAUAUGCCGUUGACUACAAUUUCACCCAGUGUGUGGAAAUGUUGAUUGUUAGUGGGGCAGAUGUAAAUACCGUAGACAAAUAUGGGAAUACUGCAUUAACAUACGCAAUUCAGAGGAAAUCCACCAAGUGUGUUGAAAUGUUGAUUGCCAGUGGAGCAGAUGUAAAUAUUGUAGACAUAUAUGGAUCGACUUCAUUAAAAUUGGUAAUUAAGAGAAAAUUAACUGACUACGUAGAAAUGUUUACUGCAAAUGGGGCAGAUGUAAAUUUUGCAGAAGAAGAUGGGAAGACUGCACUAAUGUUCGCAAUUGAGCAUUAUUCAAAUGAGUGUGUGGAGAUAUUGAUUGCUGCUGGAGCAGAUGUAAAUACUGCAGAUGAAUAUGGGGAUACUGCAUUAACAUACGCAAUUCAGAGAAAAUCCACCAAGUGUGUGGAAAUGUUGAUUGCCAGUGGAGCAGAUGUGAAUACAGUAGACAAUUAUGGGAAUACUGCAUUGAUGUUGGCAAAUGAGCAUAAUUCAAGUGAGUAUGUGGAAAUGUUGAUUAUCGGUGGAGCAGUCUUGAAUGUUGCAAACAAAGAUUUAUUCAAACGUAAAUAUCUGAAAACAAUCAUACGGUUAUGCAUAGAUAUCACAUUUGGAACAGACAACCCCGGCCAUCAACGUCUUAACACGAUGUGUGAAGAAUUUCGCAUUACCGCUCAAACACAAAUUAAACUGAUCGACCUUAUUCGAAGUAGGAAACUGAGCCUAAAAUAUCAAGCUAGAAUGUGUUUGUUUAAAACAAUGGGAAUGGAUUGUGACAAAUACGUAAAUACCAUUGACAGUUUAAUAUUAGGAGGAAAUCUUCCUCUGGGUUUAAAAGAUUUCAUGAUGUUUAACAACGAAGUGACUGAGAUGAUGCGACUCAUUAGAAAUGGUUAAUGUGAUGCUUAUCCGAUUGAUGGGACAUGCAAAUGAAAACUUUUGUUUUCUUCAGAGCAUUUUUAACAUUACAUGGUUUUGUUGAAUCAUUUGUGAACGUGAAAAAACUUGUACAAGUAUAGUUUUCUAUGGACUAGUGGUUUCUUCUCGUCCGAUUGAGUAUACAGAUGUCGGGGAAAUAGUUAUAAAGAAUAGUUGUACAAGUUUACGUACAUGUUCUCUUAAAAAUGUGUAACUUACCACACUGAUACUAUGUUACUUAUUAUCCCGGGUGCAUUAAUGGAUGAAUGAGAAAUAUAAUGGUCGUGUAUGCCAAGUUUAUCUUCAAGAAAAAUCUAUAUAAAAUAUUCUGAAUUAAAAGCAAUUAGUGCAGGGUCACUGAACAACCCUCGUAAGUCACACUAUUUUUAUUAAGUUACAAUGUCAGUGAUUCUUAUACAAACAAUGUUUGGUUUUGAACAACCCUGGUAUAAUAUGCAGGGUUUAUGACAAUAUCAUUACAGAAUUGUGUCACACUAUUCACAUGCAGUACUGUUAACAGAGCCAGCAAAAAGUUCAAAAAAUGAAGCCCAAUAUCCUGUUGAAGAACCCCAUUCCUUACGACUUGAAAUUCGAUAGUACUAAAACUAUACGUGUACAAGUUGUUCACGUUAUUGAACACCAUUUAUUAUAUCCAAACAAAUGUAUAUAUCUUUUUAUUUCCCACCUUUAUGGUGUACUUAUCUCCAUAACACUUAUUGAAAGAUUAACAGCAUCAGACAAAACUACUCUAUAUCUACUGUAUAUAUUAUCUCUUUAGAAAGUGUUAUGCUGCAAAAGUAAGCUUAUUCUCUCAGGUCCGUAGCCAGGGGUAUUCAAGGGAUUCAAGCGACCCCACCUGGCCUAAAAUAUAAGUGAUUUUCGCCAUUUUUUGACUAUAACUGUAUUACGUCUUUACAAUUUACAUGAAAAUGUAUUUAUUUGUUAACGAUCCCCCAGCAGUUGGAAAAUGAGACAUUUGCAUGAUUACAAGAAUAAAAUGACGUCAUGUUUGAAAGUUCAAUGAAGCUGCUCAUAACUAUUUUCAGUAAUUAUGUUUUCAGCCCUUUUAGUUUGUCAGCUUUGGCACUGUAUGUAAAGGGCAAAUAGCUGUAAUUCUCUUUCUAAAUUGCUUAAUAGUUUGAAUUCAUGAAAAUGAAUCACAGCCAUUAUAAAUGUACAUGUACAUUAUAGAGCAAUACAAAUUCUCCA